UAAUGAUGAACUCUUCCACCGAUUCGAAGUGCAAGCGGGAGGAAGUUGAUGUUGUACCGUACGUUGGGAAGCUAAACUUUAUUCAUGUACAACUUAAAUACUGAUACAUUCAUUUUAUAAAAUUAAAUAAAAUAUAAAUCACCGCGGUAUUUGAAGAAAAAUUAACGCUAGCGCAUAAUGUUGUAUCGUGGUUUAUAAGAAUGUUAGGACGUUGUCGCUGACAAACUAGCCUAGCUUGUGUAUACAAAGCCUUUCAUUAACAUACUAAAAAAAACGACCAUAUUUAUUUAUUUAUUCUUCUUAAUUAACAUUUGUCACAAGUCGUUGUUGGAUGUAAACAUGGAUGUAUCGACCUGUUUGAAGUCUCUUCUGCUGGCCAUCCGUCAGUACAGAAACAACAGAAGCGCUUUAAACGCCGCACAGCUGCAGAAACACAUCGAAGAUGUGUCCGGACUGAAGUGUGGUGUAGUGCUGUUCUCAGGUCAGUUGCUGCCCAGUGAGUGUCUGAGUGGACUGAUGGAAGUGGCUGGAGAUCCAAACUCCAGUCACACACUGACGGGGACCAUCAUAUCUCUGCUGGCCCAGUUUGCUUCUGAUGGUGAGGCAAAAGAGGCUCUUCACAGCAGUUACAACUUUACUGGCACUCUGGCAGGUAUCAUUUACUGCAACAGAAGCACCCCAGAAGAGCCUCUUGUACUGCAGUGCCUCAACGUGCUGCAGCGACUUACUUACAGCGUGAGGACUCUGCAGUCUGCCUCUCAUAUCCAUGAACUCAUCAGCUUCUUAAUGGAACAUGUCCAGUCAAAUAAUGAUGACAUUGUAAAGGCUUGCCUGGGCUUGAUGGCCAAUCUCUGUCGACACGACAUCUCUGUGCAGUCACACAUCAAAUCUCAGAAUAAUGUGAAGGCUUUCUACAGAGCUUUGAUUAAUUUCCUCGGUCAUAACUGUCUGACCGUGGUGGUGUUUGCGCUGUCUAUAUUAUCCAGUUUGACUCUUAAUGAAGAGGUCGGUCAGAAGCUGUUUAAUGCAAAGAACAUCCACCAGACAUUUCAGCUCAUCUUCAAUAUCACUGUCAAUGGUGAUGGAACGCUAACCAGAAAUUAUGCAGUGGAUUUAUUAGUGGAUCUUCUGAAAAACCCCAAAAUCGCAGAUUACCUAACCAAGUAUAAACAUCUCUCUGUUUGCUUGUCUGAGGUACUUGGGCUGCUGCAUAGCAAAGACCCUGAUACUGCAUCAAAGGUUAUGGAGUUGCUGGUGUCUUUGUGCUCAGUCCCCAUCCUACGCGAGCUCGUCUGCGAGGCGGUGCUCCGACCUCCGGCCCCCAGACUCCAGCCCGGUGCCAGGAAAGGCGUCCAGACCAGAGGGUCCGAGCCAAGCCUAGCGCUCGUUCAUUGGGCUACGUCACCUCUGGAUGGUCCGGAGCAGUGUUACACGCAGGCUUUGUCUCUGCUGGCUGAGCUUUUUGAAGAGGUGAUCGAUUCCUCUCUGUCAAGUUCAGCUCAGUCGUUCGCGGAGAUGCUCCUCCAGCAGGUGCUGGUUUUGAUGCAGUCUCCAGACGCGACGGAAGGAACGGAACUGCUGUUAAAGAAGCACUGUGUGCGUGCUGGACAUGUCGUCGAUCUUUUGCUAGUGUUAUGUAGAGGUGAUUCUUUGAGGCUGCUGGUGUCCCAACGUCUGCUUCCUGAGGUGUGUGUUUCACAGGUGGACCUUUUGCUUUCCUACUGCCAGGAUCUUACCGGAUCCAGAUCCAACUACCAUCUCAGUCAGGUGUGUUCAGAAGUAGUGUUGAAGACUCUAGAACUGAUGAGCCACCUCAGACAGCAGAUGCCAGACAUGGAGACUUCCUUCUACAGGAUCCUACAGGAUCAGCGCAUGGUGACGCCUCUGUCAUUGGCCAUGACCUCUAACUGCAGAGAGCAUGUGCAGGUAGCACUGCGCAUACUCUUUGAAGCAGCCCCACUACCUGAUUUCCCCUCAGUCACUUUGGGAGACAGCAUCGCUGCUAAUAACGCGUACCGGCAGAGGGAGGCUGAGUUGUCAGUCCGGAGUCCUGCGAUCGAAGACGGGACUUUUACUGGAAAGAGUUUUCAUGCAGCCCACGCCGAAUCUGGCUCUGCUUACAGUAUCGACAGACUCAUUGAGAAACUUCAAAAUGGAGCAGAGUUACAGGACAAGGUCAAGGAUGUGCACAUGUCAGAGAUUAUAGAUGUUUAUGAGCAGAAGCUUUCUGCCCUAGCGUGUAAAGAGAGCCGUCUGCAGGACCUUUUGGAGGCCAAAGCGCUUGCUCUGUCACAAGCUGAUCGACUCAUUGCUCAAUACCGCUGCCAGAGAGCUCAAGCUGAAGCUGAGGCACGUAAGUUGGCAUCUCUACUUAAAGACACGGAGAGGAACAAGGAGGAUUUGCAGUCUGUGUUGAGUGAACAGCUGUUGGAAGUGGAGAGACUGAAGUCUGACAGCCAGCAGCUCCUGCAACACAAUGGGCGUCUGCAGGCAGUCGCUGAUCAACACCAGGAGCUGAAGGGAACAUACAACCAGCUGCUAAGCAGGUAUGACAAGAGUGAAGGGAUGCUAAAAGAACUGCAGGCCGCCCACAUCUCUCUUACCCAGCAGGCUGAGUUUCUGAAAAAGACCAAUGAGGGUCUCAAAAUGCAACAGGAGAGAACUCUUGCAGAGGUGGCAGAUAAGGAAAUGCAGAUAAAGGAUCUCAAGUCAGACGUGCUUGAGAAAGAGAGAAAUCUAGCAGGUCUUCAGAAUGAGCUGAGGAGCCAGAACGAACAGAUCCACGAGCUAGAGGAGAACGUAACUAUCCUCAGGAAAGAGCUUAACAAGACGGAGCAAGCAAGGAAAGAGACCAGCAUCAAGGCUUCCUCUCUGGAGCUGCAGAAGUCCCAGGUAGAAGCCAAGCUGGGGAAGCUGGAGGAAGAGCUGGGCAAACACACACAAAUGAUCCAAAUGAUACACAGUCUUAGCAGCGGGAAGCUCAAGGGCGACGUCACGGCCAACCUUUCUCUGUGAAACACACAUCACUGAAAAACCAUGACAUAUUUUAAAUAUUUACCUGCAAUGAAAUAACUUAUUUUAUCUGUGCUUACUGUACUGUUCCUUUUAGUGUGUGAACUUUGUGUCUGUUUAAUAUUGAUGAAUUAAUGCCUCUAGAACACAGAACAUUAGGAAUUCCUUUCAUUUUUGAUACCUGAAAUGUAUUUUUAAGCAGAUUAAUUUGAUGUAAUUUUGUAUCGUGAAGUGUUAAGUAUUUCACCGUUGAGCACCAGAGAUCGCCAACGGCACUAGCUAACGUUCUCCCCUCUUUUGUUUAAUAAACAAUAAUUGCUUCUUUA